AUGUCGAACCCUUGGUGGACGGGACAAGUCGGGCUGGCGGGGAUGGGUGACGCAUCCACAACCUCCACCAAGCUCCAGAAUCAACCAGAUCUCGGCAUCUCCAUCUCCAACGCCGCCAACGCCGCAACGGAGAGCGGGUCCGGCGCCCACGACGACGACCGUGACCACAGCGACGAGCCCAAGGAGGGCGCAAUCGAGGCCGCGACCCGGCGUCCCAGGGGCCGGCCCCCGGGGUCGAAGAACAAGCCGAAGCCGCCCAUCUUCGUCACCAGGGACAGCCCGAACGCGCUCAAGAGCCACGUCAUGGAGAUCGCGAGCGGCACCGACAUCACGGACAGCCUGGCUUGCUUCGCAAGGAAGCGGCAGCGCGGGGUCUGCGUUCUGAGCGGCAACGGGAUGGUGACCAACGUGACCAUCAAGCAGCCCUCCGCUGGGGCAGGGUCGCCCCCCGCCACCCUGCCCGGGAGGUUCGAGAUCCUUUCCCUGAUGGGGGCGUUCCUCCCGGGCCCCGCCCCGCCCGGUGCGACGGGCCUCACCAUCUACCUGGCGGCCGGGCAGGGCCAGGUCGUGGGAGGGAGCGUGGUGGGCCCGCUCAUCGCGAGCGGGCCCGUCAUGGUGAUCGCGGCCACGUUCUCGAAUGCCACCUACGAGAGGCUGCCGCUGGAGGAGGAGGAGGAGGCGGGCGGCGGCGGGCAGCAGAUGGGGAAGAGCGGCGGCGACGGUGGAGGAGGGAUGGGGGAUCCUAGUGGGGCUGCAUCGAUGCCGUUUUACAAUUUGCCGCCCAAUCUACAGGUGCCGAAUGGGGGACAGUUGAAUCAUGAAGGGUAUGGGUGGCCACAUGGCGGCGGAGGUGGAGGGCGGCCGGCGCCGUUUUGA